AUGCAGUGUUCAUCGCCGAGCACUCGUGGUGAGAUCUCAUCGACACCAUCGGCUGACAUAGAGAUGUCGAGCAACGAGUCUAUUGAUGCCAGUAUAUCGUCGUUCACACGUAAGCCGAAGUCGCAGAAGAAGCGCGAGAGGAAGGAGGCCCAGAGAGAGCAGCGUAAGGAGGUGCGUAAGAUGAAGAGGAAGGCUGUCAAGGAGCGGCGUCGUGAGGAGCGUAGGGACGAGCUUGCGGGUCUAAGCGCCGAGGAGAUCCAGGAACGGGCUGAUGCUGAGAAAGCCGAGCGCAUUGCUGAAAAGGAGCGGAGCGAGGCGCACAUGCAGGCGUGCUAUGACGAAGGCAAUCCAAUCAUCGCUUUCAACUGUGGCUUCACCGAUCAAAUGCAGGAAAAGGAGAUAACGUCCUUAGCGAAACAGUUGCAGUUGGCGUACAAUACACUAAAGCGGUCGAAGGAGUCCUGUGUGCAGUUCCAUUUGGUUGGGAUGGACUCUGCUCUGGAGACUCGCUUGCACCCACAGGGUUACGAGAACUGGAAGGUUCAUAUCGACAAGGGCCCUUAUUGGGACACAUUUGCAGGGCACGAUAUUGUAGUACUCACCCCUGAUGCCGUGGAAGAUUUGGAGGCGGUUGAGAAGGAUAAGGUGUAUGUAAUAGGGGGGCUUGUUGAUCGCACCAUCGCCAAGAAUGAGACCUUCAGCCAAGCCAAUAGGCUUGACCCAGCACCGGCGGCCGGGGGGAGCAUAGUAUUGCGAAAACUACCAGUACGAGAGUACCUACCCAAUGUCACUUUGCCGGUAUUGAAUAUCAACACUGUUGUUGAGAUUUUGUUUGCCGUUCUGGAAAAAGGAAGUAGUGCGUGGAGUGAGGUUUUGGAGAGUCUAGUACCACAACGGAAGCAACUCGGUGCGGGUGAAGGUCGGAAAGCUCGGAGGCUUGAACAUAAGCGGCAGAAGCGAAACGCUCUCUACGGAGCGGGCGAUGGAGCUGAUCCGAUUGCAAAGGUUUCGGAUACGGUGUGGUACGCUGGUAAUAACGUGAGGCCCCGAGAUGAGGAAAAUGAAGAUAUUGGGACUAAGUUACUGUUUGGGUUUCAGUCUGAUGAUUCUGAUUGA